UCUGACGAGAAGAAAAAAUCAGAUUCUUCGAACUUCAGUGAUCUUUUAAUCAGCAGCUCAUCUUUGAACUAGGCAGUCAAUUGACCAGUGUCCAGUAGAAUUUGCAAGGUUGCCAGGUCUCGAAAAAAUGGCCAUUACUUUGCCAUUUCAACCUGGAAAACUCUCUACUCAUCAACUUUUAAUCGGUUUUUCCCUUUCCUUGUUUCGAUCGCUUUGAAUAGGCGAUCUGUUCAGAAUAAUGCGCCUCCAAAACCUGGAUAAUCUGAGCCAUUAGUUUUCACAUCAGUACAUUGGCGGUCCUGUUUCACAACCAUCCCUGAUUGGUUAGUUGUAGAAAAAUAUCUGUCAGAUUCAGAACAUGACUGGUUGUGUCAAUUGACUACCCAACAUGGCAGAAAAAUUGUGACGGAAUGUUUGCUGAUCGGGAAAUUUCGAUUUUUUUGUGUACAUGCAAGAGUCGGUGGUCGGGUAGUGUUGUUGAAUUGUGCUGUUAGAAUUCGGCAAAAAUGGCAGACUUGACAAAACCGCCCCUAAGUGACAUUAAACACCCCGAAGAGGUGGUGCGAAUGGCUAUGAACGAUAAUCUCAAAUUUGCCGUGCUAAUUGGACUGAUUGAGGUGGGACAGGUCUCCAACAAGGAAGUGGUAAACACUGUUCUACAACUGCUUGUUGGUGGCGAGUUCGACAUGGAAUUGAAUUUUGUGAUCCAAGAUGCUCAAAAUAUUCGUCACAUGUUGGAGCUGCUCGAUCAUUGCCCUCCAAAUUUGCAAGCGGAGAUUUGGAGUGUUUUCAUCGCCAUCCUCAGGAAGAGUGUUCGAAACCUGCAGGCCUGUACCGAUGUCUGCCUUAUUGAGCACGUCCUGAAAAGGUUGCGGUAUGCAGACACUGUUGUUUCAGAUUUGCUCAUAGAAAUGCUCGGUGUGUUGGCCAGCUACAGUAUCACUGUCAAGGAACUGAAGCUUCUUUUCGGAGCUAUGAAGGCUUCUCAUGCCAAAUGGCCCCGACACUCCGCCAAACUGCUGAACGUCCUACGUCAGAUGCCCCAAAGGACGGGACCGGACGUUUUCUUCAGCUUUCCCGGCAGGAAGGGAUCGGCGAUAGUUCUGCCUCCCUUGGCGAAAUGGCCCUACGAGAAUGGCUUUACCUUCACGACGUGGUUUCGUCUCGAUCCCAUAAACUCGGUCAACAUCGAGAGAGAGAAGCCCUAUUUAUACUGCUUCAAAACAAGUAAAGGCAUCGGUUACACAGCGCACUUUGUUGGCAAUUGCUUAGUUCUGACUUCAAUGAAAGUUAAAGGCAAGGGGUUUCAACAUUGUGUGAAAUAUGAGUUUCAGCCUCGAAAGUGGUACAUGCUGGCCAUAGUGUACAUUUACAACCGUUGGACGAAGAGCGAAAUCAAGUGCUUUGUCAAUGGGCAAUUAGCAUCCAACACUGAAAUGGCAUGGUUCGUUUCCACAAACGACCCCUUCGAUAAAUGCUACAUAGGAGCGACUCCCGAACUAGACGAAGAACGGAUAUUUUGUGGUCAAAUGUCGGCCAUCUACCUGUUCAGCGAGGCUUUGACGACACACCAAAUUUGUGCCAUGCAUCGAUUAGGACCUGGUUACAAGAGCCAGUUUCGUUUUGAUAACGAGUGCAAUAUUAACUUGCCAGACAAUCACAGAAGGGUGAGUGAGAGUAGUGAGGAAAAAACACAAAGCAUGGUUAUUAUUACGCCGUCAGAUGCACGAACAGUGUUGUACGAUGGGAAACUGUCCAGUGCCAUUGUAUUUAUGUAUAACCCAGUUGCAACCGAUACGCAGUUAUGUUUGCAAUCCGCUCCCAAAGGAAAUGUAUCCUAUUUCGUCCAUACACCCCAUGCGCUCAUGUUGCAAGAUGUGAAGGCUGUGAUAACUCACUCCAUCCACAGUACGUUAAAUUCAAUCGGGGGCAUACAAGUUUUGUUCCCAUUAUUUUCGCAACUGGACUUACCAUUCGAAUGCAAUGGUUCAUCUGACAUCAAGAAAGAUUCCGCAUUAUGUUCGAAACUUUUGGGAUUUAUUUGCGAACUGGUGGAAACGUCGCAAACCGUACAACAGCACAUGAUCCAGAAUCGUGGAUUUCUAGUCAUCAGCUUCAUGCUGCAAAGAUCAUCCAGAGAUCAUCUGACCAUCGAAGUUUUGGGAUCUUUUUUAAGUUUGACAAAAUAUCUAGUCACUUGCCUUAGUGCUAAUAGCGAGUUGCUGCUUAAGCAGUUGUUUUGCAUUUCAUUUUUGACCUGGCAGCUGUUAGACCAUAUACUUUUCAAUCCUGCCCUGUGGAUUUAUACGCCAGCUCCAGUCCAGACCCGCCUCUACUCGUAUUUGGCCACAGAAUUCCUCUCGGACACUCAAAUCUACUCCAACGUGCGAAGAGUCUCCACAGUGCUGCAAACCGUUCACACCCUAAAGUACUACUACUGGGUGGUGAAUCCGAGAUCGAAAAGUGGAAUAACGCCCAAAGGACUUGAUGGUCCCCGGCCAGCUCAAAAGGACAUUCUGGCAAUUAGGGCGUACAUUCUGCUGUUUCUCAAACAGUUGAUAAUGAUCGGGAACGGAGUGAAAGACGACGAACUGCAAAGCGUCCUCAACUAUCUAACGACCGUGCACGAGGAUGAGAAUUUGCACGACGUGCUGCAAAUGUUAAUCUCCUUGAUGUCGGAGCAUCCCUCUUGCAUGGUGCCUGCUUUUGAUAUGAAACAGGGUGUGCGAACAAUAUUCAAGCUGAUGGCGAUGGACAGCCAGCUGAUCCGACUGCAAGCUUUGAAGCUGUUGGGAUUUUUUUUGAGCCGAAGCACCCACAAGCGGAAGUACGACGUGAUGAGCCCGUAUAACUUGUACACGUUGCUCACUGAUCGACUGUUGCUCAAUGAAGAGUCGCUUUCCUUGCCCACCUACAACGUGCUCUAUGAGAUCAUGACUGAACACAUCAGCCAGCAGAUUCUUUACACCAGACAUCCGGAACCCGAGUCGCAUUUCAGGCUGGAGAACCCUAUGAUUCUCAAAGUGGUUGCCACUCUAGUGCGUCAAUCCAAACAGACCGAUCAGCUGCUGGAGGUGAAGAAACUGUUUCUGUCCGACAUGACUUUGUUGUGCAACAACAAUCGCGAGAAUCGACGGACGGUCCUGCAGAUGUCCGUUUGGCAGGAAUGGCUGAUAGCGAUGGCUUAUAUUCAUCCUCAAAACACCGAAGAGCAAAAACUAUCCGAUAUGGUUUAUGCAUUGUUUCGGAUGCUACUGCAUCAUGCCAUCAAGUACGAGUACGGAGGCUGGCGAGUUUGGGUCGAUACUUUGGCAAUUGUCCAUUCGAAGGUUUCAUACGAGGAAUUCAAGCUGCAAUUCUCCCAAGUCUACGAACACUACGAGCGGCACAGAGCGGACGAAAUAACCGAUCCUCUUUUAAGACAACAACACCCGAUAAGUACAAUUUCCGGUUGGCACGGCCAGCCGCAAAACGUGCACAAUGGAUGUCGGCCUGAGGAAGAAUCGUGGCACAAUCGUCGGCCGAUCAUCCAGGAAAUCGAGCUCAAUGAAAAUGACAAAAGCGAGCAGGUCUGCAGCUGCGACUAUAACUCGACAAUGUCCGAAGGCAGUCCAGUCUCGUACAUAGCGAAACACGAGGACAGUGAAGGUGUUUCGCUGGAUUCCAGGACUAGUGAUUUGUUCAGUGAUAAUAAAGUCGACAAAGAGUCGCCGUUUUCUCAGGGUUCGCCAAUCGGGGAAGACCGGUCGGCCAACUCCCCGAUAUGUAACGGAGUCCAUACGGGCAGCAGCACCAGCUUUGGGAGUCCAGCGCGUGUGGUGUUUAAUGAAGCUCAGCAAAAGAAUCAAUUUAUUGAGGAAAUCGUGCAGGAAAUUCUGUCAAAGUCGGAAAAACUGCUGGACUUGCAGGAGGAGAACGUGGUUUGCUCAAAUGGGCCGAAUCCCGAGAACCAAACCGAGCUUAAUGCCAAAAACGGCGAAGCCUCGGUGAUCACUGGGUCGGUUGCACUCAGCCCCGUUAGGAGUGUUGACAAAGAGGUCAUCGACAGUGAGUCUGAACGGUAUCUUACACCUACUGAGGAUUUAACCGAGAAAAAGGACACUUUUCUGGACAGCAGGGAUGAAAGUGAACCAGCCAAAUCAGGCGAUGAUAAGUGCGCGGCGGACAAUAGUGGUGAUAGUUGCGAAAAUGUGUCGCCUGCACCAGUGACGUUAAAUGAAGAAGGUCAGGGCGACGUAGGUGAUAAACAUAGCGUUAGUGAUAAUAAUAAAUCUAAUUAUGUGCCAAUUGUUGAAAACAGUGCUGUGUCAGUAGAAAUAGAGCCGUCCAACCAAACCAAUUCUAGUCUAGAUGCAAUCGACCUUCCAGUCAGUGAUAAUGUUGAGUUCAGCGCAACCGAUGAAGGCACAACAACAACAGCAACAGCAACUGGAACACAACAAGUGCCUGCCGUUGAAAAAAUUCCAACGAUUUCGCAAUUCUGUGAUCCUAGCUAUUCUACUACUAAUACCGAUGUUAUUGUUGAUAAUGUUAAUACUAAAACAGACCUUGUUGUUUCUGACGAUCCGAACGAUCAGCCUCCAUCGGAAGUGAGGCGAAGAGUCAGUCUGCCGACCAAUCACAUUGAGGCCCCAGCUGACGAUCUUUCCAGUAAUUCACAUGUGCCUCAAGCUUCACCUCAAAGACGUCCGAGAAGUGCAUCGAUUUCUACCCAAGUGGAUUCCAAUCAAUUUGAACUAAAAGCGUCGAAAUCGGAUUCUUCAUCAGCGCGGCCCAUGUUUAGUCCAGGUCCCACAAGACCGCCGUUCCGAAUACCCGAAUUCAAAUGGUCGUACAUCCAUCAACGACUGCUUUCGGAUGUGCUUUUUUCGCUGGAAACGGACAUCCAGGUGUGGCGCAGCCACUCCACAAAAUCCGUUCUGGAUUUCGUCAAUAGCAGCGACAAUGCCAUCUUCGUCGUUAAUACUGUCCAUCUAAUAUCGCAGCUGGUGGACAACUUAAUCAUAGCAUGUGGCGGACUUUUGCCGCUUUUAGCCUCAGCAACUUCACCAAAUAAUGAACUAGAUGUAAUCGAGCCCACUCAAGGAAUGCCCAUUGAGGUGGCUGUGAGCUUCUUGCAGCGCUUAGUUAACAUGGCCGAUGUGCUGAUCUUUGCCAGUUCGCUCAACUUUGGUGAACUAGAGGCCGAAAAGAACAUGUCCAGCGGAGGAAUUUUGCGCCAGUGCCUAAGGCUGGUGUGCACUUGUGCAGUUCGAAAUUGCCUGGAGUGUAAAGAACGAAGCCGGACCAACCACGCUAUUGCACCAUCCUCAUUAAACACCAAUCACAAGGCUGCCCACUUGCAAUCGUUUAUCAGAGGAGUCCAAAACUCCCCUAAGAAUAUGGCGGACAAUCUGGCAAGUCAAUCCAGUCCGGUGAAAGAUCCAGAAAAACUCCUGCAGGACAUGGACGUAAAUCGCCUAAGGGCUGUAAUCUACCGGGAUGUGGAGGAAACCAAGCAGGCCCAAUUCCUGUCGCUGGCUAUUGUGUAUUUUAUCUCCGUUCUGAUGGUGUCCAAAUAUCGGGAUAUUCUGGAACCGCCCGUUUCCAUAACGGUUCCCAGCCCGGUGCCAGUUCGGAGCAAUGGAACAUCUCAUCAUUCCGAAAGCCCCCAAGAAGGGAGUGCGCGACCUCUAUUCCCUCAAUGGUCCCACCAUGUCUAUCCGCAAUUUUUACCCGGCUCCCAUCCGAAUGCGGUUUCGCACACCAACUACAUGCGCCACCGGCACCAUUCCUAUCCCAAACAUAACCAUUACAACUUGAACAAUAACCAUCAUUCCCAUUACCACAACCACAAAAUCGACCAUCGGUACCAUCGAAAUUCCUUGGGUACUCGAACAGAAUCGAGAGCUUUACAUCAUCAGCCUCAAGAUGACGCAGAUUACGAUGUUAUCACAGCAUACGUUAUGGAGGACGCAAACUCACUCCAUCGCGAGAAUGAGCUCCAUUCCGGCCCAGCCUCCAUCAAGAUAAACGCUAGGCAGCGUCCCUCUUUGGGACAUGGGUUUACUGUAGAUUACUCUUUGGAUGGAAUAAGGCAUGCUCGAGGUUGUAACAGUGCUCAUGUUGUUAAGAAGAGUACGGAUUCUUUGGACGAUGUGAACUCGGUCAAUUCAGCUGAUACCAACAAUGCCAGCUCCAACGCUGAGAUGCAAGAGGACAACAAAAUAAUGACUAAUGACGAAAACUGGACAGACAUCAAUUUGAACGAAGACGACACUCACAAGGAAGACAGUCGCAACGCUGAGAACAACUCGCAUUCCCAAGGGCUCGAUUUGGAAGGGAACAUUGAAAGCCCAACAUCAGAUAGAGGUGAGAAGCAUUUGGGGGAAAUAUCCGUGGUGCGCGUCCCCGAAAACCUAAUGCAACCAUCCGCAGCUCAAGUGAGACCCGAUGAGCUUCCAGUAAGCAAUCUGGUGGAUCACAUCUCGCUGCCCACACCUUCAAGGGAAGCCUCUCUCACUCAGAAGCUGGAAAUGGCUUUGGGCUCAGUAUGUCCGCUUCUUCGGGAAAUUAUGGUGGAUUUUGCGCCGUUCUUGUCGAAAACCCUGGUGGGGUCGCAUGGACAAGAACUGCUAAUGGAAGGCAAAGGUCUAACUACGUUCAAGAACAGCACAUCUGUAGUGGAACUAGUGAUGCUGCUGUGCUCGCAGGAAUGGCAAAAUUCCCUGCAAAAACACGCCGGUCUGGCCUUUAUUGAGCUGAUCAACGAGGGCAGAUUGUUGUCUCAUGCCAUGAAGGAUCAUAUUGUGAGAGUGGCCAACGAAGCCGACUUUAUCCUGAAUAGGAUGCGUGCUGAUGAUGUUCUAAAGCACGCCGACUUUGAGACUCAAUGUGCGCAAACAUUGCUGGAUCGAAAGGAGGAAGAGAGAAUGUGCGACCAUCUCAUCACCUCCGCCAGGCGUAGGGACAACGUAACAGCCUGUAGACUGCUGGAGAAAGUGCGCAACAUCAUGUCGAAUAAACACGGGGCCUGGGGAUCUUUGGAUCCGAACGAGUACAGAUUGACGGAGUUUUGGAAACUGGAUGCUUGGGAGGACGAUGCCAGGCGGAGGAAACGUUUCGUCCAUAAUCCGCUGGGCACAACGCAUCCAGAGGCCAGUUUGAAGGCAGCUAUUGAACACGGAGCGCCUGAGGACGCAAUCCUUCAGGCAAGAGAGGAGUUUCAUGCACAUCUGGCUACAUCGAGAAACCACCAGCAAAAUCAGAUCAGCGAGCUGGUGGAUGAUAGCGAGCUGUUGAAUGACGAUAGAGAGCUGGAUAGCGAUCUUAAUGGACCGAUCAACAUCAGUACCAAAGCCAAGCUGGUAGCGCCUGGAAUCGUCGCUCCUGGAAUAGUUUCGGUUACAUCUGCGGAACUGUACUUUGAGGUGGAUGAGGACGACGAAGAAUUCAAGAAGAUUGACUGUGAGGUGUUGAAAUAUUGCGAUAACCUGCAUGGAAAGUGGUACUUCUCCGAAGUGCGUGCAAUAUUCUCCCGACGGUAUCUGCUGCAGAACAAUGCCGUGGAAAUAUUCCUGGCCAGCCGAACAUCGAUUAUGUUCGCUUUUCCGGACCAAAACACGGUGAAAAAGGUGAUUAAGGCUCUUCCGCGAGUCGGAGUGGGCAUCAAGUAUGGCAUUCCGCAAACGCGGAAGGCCAGUAUGAUGUCCCCCAGGCAGCUGAUGAGGAACUCCAACAUGACGCAAAAGUGGCAGCGACGCGAAAUUUCCAACUUUGAGUAUCUGAUGUUCCUCAAUACCAUUGCAGGGAGAACCUACAACGACCUCAACCAGUACCCCGUCUUUCCAUGGGUGAUAACCAACUAUGACUCCAAGGAAAUGGACCUGAGCCAACCGAGCAACUACCGCGACCUCUCGAAACCGAUAGGAGCCCUAAACCCUAGCAGACGCGCCUAUUUUGAGGAGAGAUAUUCGUCGUGGGAGCACGAAACUAUCCAACCAUUCCACUAUGGAACUCACUACUCCACUUCAGCCUUUGUAUUUAACUGGCUGAUUCGAAUGGAACCAUUUACAACGAUGUUCCUGGCAUUGCAAGGUGGCAAGUUUGACUACCCCAACCGUUUAUUCUCCUCCAUUGCGCUGUCAUGGAAAAAUUGCCAAAGAGACACCUCGGACGUGAAGGAAUUGAUCCCGGAGUUCUAUUUCCUGCCGGAAAUGUUCGUGAACUACAACCGAUACCGGCUGGGAGUCAAUGAGGAUGGUCGGGCCAUUAGCGAUGUGGAGCUGCCUCCAUGGGCGAACACUCCGGAAGAGUUCGUCCGAAUCAACCGAAUGGCUCUUGAAUCGGAGUUCGUUUCGUGCCAGUUGCAUCAGUGGAUCGACUUGAUAUUCGGCUACAAGCAGAAGGGCCCUGAAGCUGUUAGGGCGACCAACUGUUUUUACUACUUGACCUAUGAGGGCAGUGUGGAUUUGGAUUCCAUCCAGGACAAAGUGAUGCGCGAAGCUGUGGAGAAUCAGAUUAGAAACUUUGGGCAAACACCGUCGCAGUUACUAAUGGAGCCCCAUCCUCCUAGAAGUUCCGCUAUGCAUCUAUCGCCGAUGAUGUUUUCCACUAUACCCGACGAUGUCUGCAUGACGAUGAAAUUUUUAUCGAACAGCCCAAUUGUUCACAUUUCGGCCAACACUUAUCCUCAGCUGCCCAAUCCCUCAGUGGUAACCGUUUCAAUGCAUCAGCAAUUCGCAGUUAAUAAAUGGAACUCAGCUUACGCAGCUGUAGCUCAGUCGCCCAGCUAUGCGGAAACCCCCAAAGAUCAAAUCGCCAAUCUGCCUCUUUCCAUGGAUCCAGUUCUGUGUAAGUUGGAAUCUUUAACCAACAACAGUAACCAACAGAACCAAAUGCUGCGACGCAACCUGGGCGACAAUUUCAGCCAGAACCUGAAAAUCCGUGCAAACUGUUUCGUCACCACUGUGGAUUCAAAGUUUCUGAUCGCCUGCGGGUUUUGGGACAACAGUUUCCGAGUUUUUUCCACCGAAAGUGCGAAAAUCGUUCAGAUCAUCUUUGGUCACUAUGGAGUGGUGACGUGCUUGUCCAGAUCCGAAUGCAACAUCACUUCGGACUGUUACAUUGCGUCGGGUUCUGCGGAUUGUACGGUUCUGUUGUGGCACUGGAACGCCCGAACCCAAACCAUAGUAGGAGAAGGCGAGGUGCCGACACCAAGAGCCACAUUGACUGGACAUGAACAGCCAGUUUCAAGUGUGGUGAUUUCCGCUGAAUUGGGCCUGGUAGUUUCAGGAUCUUACAAUGGACCAGUGCUGGUUCACACGACUUUUGGUGACUUGCUGAGAUCUCUGGAUCCUCCAAACGGGUUCAAUUCCCCAGCGAACAUUGCCAUGUCCCGUGAGGGUGUUAUUGUGGUAAAUUAUGAAAAGGGCAACGUGGCUUCGUUCACCAUUAACGGGAAACGCCUGCGGCAUGAGUCCCACAACGAUAAUCUGCAGUGUUUGCUGUUGAGUCGCGAUGGGGAGUACUUGAUGACCGGAGGCGAUAAAGGCAUAGUGGAAGUCUGGCGCACUUUCAACUUGGCACUACUUUAUGCAUUCCCAGCAUGUGAUAGUAGCAUAAGAUCUCUUGCUUUGUCUCAUGAUCAAAAGUAAGUUUAUUUUUCAUUUUUUCAA